AUGUUGAAAAUUAGGGUUUUAUACUUCAUUUUAUUGAUCCUGGUGAUCUUUAGUUUGUGCGCAGAUGCUCAAAGACAGCAAAACAAAUGGAAACGUGGUUCUCAAAAAGCCCAACAACAACAAUUAAAUAAACCACAAAAUAAUAAACAAAAGGGAAACAAAGUUACUAAAAUUCCUAUUAAAGUCAAUAAGAAUAGACAAGAGAAACCGUUAAAGAAAAUCAAAGAUGAUGCUACUCAAUUAAUACCGGGAUUGGGAUCGGUGAAAGGACGUACUUUUAAAUCAGAAUGGAGUGGUAAAACUAUUUUGCAGUUCUUGGAUAUUCCCUAUGCCAAGGCUCCCUCCGGCUCAUUGAGAUUUAAGGCACCUGUGCCUGUUGCUCCCUGGACUAGUGUAUUAAAUGCGGAUAAACCCCAUCAUGGGUGUCCCUCCCUGCAGGAUUUGUACGGUUUUGAAACGUUAAAUUCGAAAAAUAUAAAUGUUGAAGAUUGUUUAAGAUUGACCGUAAAUACGAAAUCCGUUAAUGGCAAUGCUCCCGUUAUGGUUUAUGUUCAUGGUGAUUUCUUAUAUGAUGGUAGUAGCAUAGAAGCUGCCCCAGGUUAUCUUUUGGAAGAAGACGUUGUUUUGGUUUCUGUACGCUAUCGCUUGGGUCCUUUCGGCUUUUUGUCAACUAUGUCAGAGGAUAUUUCUGGAAAUGCUGGAGUUAAAGAUGUUAUAUUAGCAUUGCAGUGGAUACAAGAUCAUAUUACGACAUUUGGCGGUGAUCCCACGCGUGUCACAUUGUUUGGACAAGUUGCUGGUGCAGCUCUAAUCAAUGUUUUAACCAUGAGUCCAGUCGUACCGGAAGGUCUUUUCCACCGUGUAAUUUAUCAUUCGGCCUCCGCGUUAUCUCCAGCUUUUGUUACCGAUAAUCCCUUGCCAUCAGCUAGGGAUAUUGGUAAAAUUGCAGGCUGCACAAAUGUCAACAAAGUUAAUUCAUUGAAUAAAUGUUUGCGCAAAUUGAAUGCUACUGAAUUGUUGGAGGCCUUUAAUACACACAGUUCUUCCAAAUCAACUCAAGAAGUGGGUUCAUUUGGUGCUGUACAAUUUGUUGUCGGUGGUCCUUCUGGCAUUUUGCCUCAAUUCCCCGCUAAAAUACUAACAUCUGGAAAUUUCAAAGCCUAUCCCACAAUGGGUGGUAGUGUUAAGAAUGGUGGCACUUUUAUAUUAAGAGAUAUUUAUACAGAUAAUUUCAACGAAACUAUUGUCGAUGAUACUAUGAAUGGCAUGGAUUACAUAAAUCUCAUUAUAUCACAAACCAAUGGAGCUGAUCCCACUGACGCUUGGAAGAAAUAUGCCAAAGAAGAAGUAUUUACUCCAGAAAUAAUAAAAAAUGGUACUUUCCACGCCAUGACUCCUGGUUUAAUUGAUCUGUGCAGUACUAUUGCCUUUAAAAAUCCAGUUUUAUUGGCCCUGCAAGGUAACGCACAAAAAUUACCCAACAGUACUUAUCUAUACUCGUUUGACUAUGAUGGCGAAUUAAAUCGUUAUACAUCGUCUGAGAAUGCUGAUAACGAUAUGAAUGAGAUGCCGUUCGAAUUAGGCGUAUCCCUAACCGACGACAACCUUUACUUGUUCCCUUGGCCUCGAUAUCUCUUACUCAACUCGAAUCGCGACAUUAAGAUCGCUAAACGCAUGGUAGCAUUUUGGACUUCCUUUGCUGCCACUGGUAAGCCAUCUGCUCCCAAUGUCCCAGAAUGGCCUGCAAUGAACGAUGAAACCGGACCAUAUAUAAAAAUUGGCAGAACCGUAUCGAUUGGUGAAAACUAUAUCGAUGAGUACACAGCGGCCGUUAAGGAAACUGAAAAUGGUUUUAAUUUGAUCAACGAGGAAUUCUUUGAGAGUUUAGUCGAUAUCUACGAAAACAAUAAUGAAGAUGAUAAAGACACUGUUGAUGUUGAAACUGGAAAUGAAGAGGCACGUGGAAAUAUUGUAUUGAUAGCCAAAAGAACUAAGAAAAAUUAA